GGUUAUGACAGGGUGCUGGUGCGGCGCUGUCUCCUUCACUUCGCCCUCCAGCUGAAGUCACUGCGGCGCUGCACUAAAGCCGAGAGCCGGACAGAUCGACGUUUAGCUUAAAGCUUCACCUGAAACAGGAAGAAUGGCUGUUCCUCCAUCGUAUGGUGACCUGGGCAAGUCUGCCAGGGAUAUCUUCAACAAAGGAUAUGGUUUUGGGUUGGUGAAGCUUGAAGUGAAGACCAAGUCUGCCAGCGGAGUGGAAUUCACAACCUCCGGCUCGUCCAACACGGACACCAGCAAAGUCAUCGGAAGUCUUGAAACCAAGUACAAGUGGGCGGAGUACGGCCUGACCUUCACGGAGAAGUGGAACACGGACAACACUCUGGGCACAGAAAUCACUAUCGAAGACCAGAUUGCCAAAGGUUUGAAGCUGACAUUUGAUACAACCUUUUCACCAAACACAGGCAAGAAGAGUGGGAAGGUGAAGACCGCCUACAAGCGGGAGUACGUCAACCUGGGCUGCGACGUCGACUUUGACUUUGCAGGCCCGGCCAUCCACGGGGCGGCCGUCGUGGGUUACGAGGGAUGGCUCGCCGGCUACCAGAUGACCUUUGACACGGCCAAAUCCAAAAUGACCCAGAACAACUUCGCUGUGGGUUACAAAACCGGAGACUUCCAGCUGCACACCAACGUCAACGACGGCUCUGAAUUUGGAGGCUCUAUUUACCAGAAAGUGAGCGACAAGCUCGAAACGGCCGUCAACCUGGCAUGGACCGCGGGCAGCAACAGCACGCGCUUUGGCAUUGCUGCCAAGUACCAGCUGGACUCCACUGCCUCCGUCAGCGCUAAAGUGAAUAAUACCAGCUUAAUUGGAGUAGGCUACACUCAGACCCUGAGGCCAGGAGUGAAACUCACCUUGGCAGCGCUUGUGGAUGGGAAGAGCAUCAAUGCUGGUGGCCAUAAGCUGGGCCUGGGCUUGGAACUGGAAGCUUAAAGAGGCUCUGCUGUAACUUCAGAAAAAGAGGGAAUGUCGGGAAUUUGGCCUUAAAUGUAUCUCCAACUCAACCAGCAGGGGAUUUCUGAAAGGGAUAUUGGGAAGUGACGAGAGACCCAAACCUUAAAUACUUCUUAGGUGGUCGCCUGUUAGCUGGUUCCUGUACAUUUGGUUUCUAGUUAUUAAAGAUGCUUGUAGUAGGUCAUACAUUUAUACUUUUCAAUGUAUUUGACAGUCUGUGCGCUGCCAUCAUAAUGAAAUACACCUUUAUCAAAAGUGGACAUUUGUGCAUGUUUUGCUUUUAUGUUUAUUUUAACAUUUGGUCUGUCGGGUGGUCUUGGUUGGUGGCGGGGGUUAAGGGCUAACCUGCUCUCUCGAUAUUCCUGAGCUGUCUGCAGAAUGGAAAAUCUCCUUGUGCAAUGAAGUAUUUUAGCAAGCGUCUUUAUUUAAAAGCAAUGAGGGUUUUUAUUUGCUCCUUGGUCAAGAUUUAGCCAUAUUGUUCUUUUUGCUAAUCCAGCUAUCAGGAGUUCUCGGAAACUUCAAGUAUGCUUAAGACUCAACACUAAAACCUCUUCAAACGACCUGUUUCUGGGAGUGCGUUUUUUUUUUAAUUUAAGGUAACCAAUUUAACAAUCGUUUAAGAGACCGACAGUACGUGAUAAGGAAAUUGAGCCUGCUUUUAUUUUGUGCUUUGAAAACGGUCAUCCUCAAUGUGGGAAUUAAGGUCAACUUGUGCCAGAAUGGAUUUUCUCUGUUAAAAUGGAAGUCAACACUAAAGCCGUCUGUGUCCCCAUCAUGCUGUUUGAUUGGCAAAGGCAUUGCUGAUAAACCUCGGAAGUCCUCUUAUGUAUGUUAACUUUUCAAUAAAGUCUUUGAAUCCAAAA